GCUGACCUCUCUGCUUCCGGUGGCAGCAAUGGAGGCCCACGUGUGCUGCUCCUCCUGCUGUUGCUGCUGCUGCUGAGGUUGGACACCCGGCCUCCCCCGAGGAGGUGAGCCAGGGCCCCGGGAGAAGAAGAAGAAGAAGAAGAAAGAGAGGAGCCUCCUUGCUCCUUUGCCUUGCCCUCUGGCCCCCUUCUAGACUGUGACCCCGUUGUCAGCGUUUAGCGCAGUGCUCGGCACCCGGCUUUCCUUAGAAGACGACUGGUCAUGGCAUCUACGGAUGAAAGUUUCCCCCGAGGGGGAGUGAAGCCGAAACCCGAUCGCGAAAAAGCUGUCAAGCAGCCGUUAGAGCAAGAUAACUUGUUUGAUUUUUUUAAGACGCACGAUGAGGGAAGAACCCAAAGAAGGAAGAAGAGCCAAAAUGAUCCCAAGAGAAAGAAAACACGGAGGUCUGAUAAAAAAGAACCCAAAAAGUCUGAUGCUGAACUUUUUGAACUUCUCAGUGUGCAGAAUUUGAGCGAGGGGGUGCUUCUCCUGGGCUGUGUGAAGGAGUCGAACAAGUAUGAGAUGGUUAUCAGCCUGCCGAAUGGACUCCGAGGAUUUGUGCAAGCCACCAGCAUCUCCGACACCUACACCAAAAAGCUAGCUGAGCAAGUGGAGCGAGAAGAAUUCCUGGAGGAUGUGAUGCCCCUGUCGGCGCUGUACCUGCCCGGGAUGCUGGUGCGCUGUGUCGUGAACAGCAUAGAAACCACUAAGAAGGGAAAGCAGAGCAUCAGGCUGUCCUUGAACCCCAAAGAAGUCAACAGAGGGCUGAGUGCGGGGACCCUGAGUCCGGGCAUGCUGCUCACCGGCACCGUAUCCAGCAGAGAGGACCACGGCUACCUUAUCGACAUCGGGGUCAGGGAGUCGAAGGCGUUCCUGCCUCGGAAGAAAGCCCAAGAGUACAUCAGCAUGAGGAACAAAGGCAGUGAACUGAAGUUGGGCCAGUAUCUGUGGUGCUAUGUCGAAGAGGUGAAAGGCAACGGCAGCAUUGUCCGCCUGUCCAUCGGGUCGGCGGAGGUUGCGUCUGCCUUGGCAACUGAAGAACAGAAUUGGACCCUCGAUAACGUGUUGCCAGGACUGGUGGUUAAAGCGGUGAUCCAGAAGGUGACCCCUCAUGGCCUCUCCCUGAGCUUCCUCUCCAUAUACCGCGGCCUGGUUGACUUUUUGCACUUGGAUCCCAAGAAAUCCCAGAGUUAUUUUGCCACCCAGAAGGUGAAAGCCUGCAUCCUCUCCGUUCACCGGCAGACCAAGACCGUCCGGCUCACGCUGCGCCCCAACUUCCUGCACCCUGGCCUCCCGCUCAGCCAGUUGUCCACUAGUCUCGUGGGGACCGUACUGGAGAACGUGCCUGUCCAGGGCUUCUUUAAGAAAGCUGGUGCCACCUUCAAGCUGAAGGACGGUUCUCUGGCCUUUGCCCGGUUCAAGCACCUCUCGAAUUCCAAGAAGUCCUUCAAUCCUGAGAAGUUCCUGCCCGGGAAAACUCAUAAGUGUCGGAUCAUUGACCUCAGUCCAAUGGAUGACCUGGUUUUGCUGUCUCUGAAAGAGAAAAUCAUCAAUGCUCCGUUCCUGCAAUACCGUGAUUUGCAGCCUGGGCAGCUGGUGCAGGGCAAAGUGCUGGCUCUGAGGCCUUUCGGGGUUUUGGUGGAGGUGACCGAUAGCAUCAAGGGCGUGGUGCCCCUUCUGCACCUGGCAGAUGUGCAGCUGAAGCACCCUGAGAAGAAGUUCCACCUCGGAGAUGAGAUCAAAGGCCGGGUUCUGUCCUGCAUUCCCAGCAUGAAGAAGCUGGUGCUGACGCUGAAAAAGACACUGGUCAACUCCGACCUUCCAGUCAUCACCAGCUAUCGAGCGGCCAAGCCUCAGCUGCAGGCUCAUGGCUUCAUCUCCAAGAUCACGGAGGUGGGCUGCAUCGUCGGGUUCUACAACAAUGUGAGGGGGCUGGUACCCAAGGGAAGGCUUGGAGUUGACUGUUCCGAGGACCUCAAAUCCGUCUUCUACCUUGGCCAGGUCAUCAAAGUGACGGUGGUGAACUGCAGCCCCAACCAGGAGAGACUGCUCCUGUCCUACAAGCCGAUGAUGGACUCAGAGCCAGCAGGAAGCGCUGAGAUGCUGGGACAGAUGGUGGACGUGAAGGUGGUGAAGAAGACAGACAUGGGGCUGCAGGUGUCCAUCCUGCCGGGAAACGUGCCUGCCUUCCUGCCCAAGAUCCACCUGUCUGAUCACGUCUCCAACAGCCAGCUGCUGUGGCACUGGCUCCAACCAAAUGACAUUCUCCACAGAGUCCUGUGCCUGGGCAGCAAAAGGGGCCGCAACAUCCUCUCUAGGAAACCGGCACUGAUCUGCGCCGCGGAGGAGGGCCAGGUGGCAAGAUACUUCUUUGAUAUCCAGCCUGGGAUGCUGUUCACCGGCUACGUGACGAGCAUCAUGGAUUACGGCGUGUUUGUUGAGUUGCCCUUUGGCUUUACCGGCCUGUCCCCCAGAGUGGCCAUAAGCGACAAAUUUGUGACCAAAACGCAGGACCACUAUACCGUGGGACAGACGGUGACCGCCCUGGUGACGGAUGUGGAUGAGGAAAAGCAACGCAUGUUGCUGUCUCUGCGGCUGUCUGACUGCAACCUGAGAGACCCUGCCACCGUGGGCUUCUCUCUGCUCUGCCAGUGCCUGGAGGAGCUGCAGGGUGUUCGGUUGCUCAUGAAAAACCAAGAAGACAACACACUGAUCCAGUUUCUGGCCAGUUUGACUCCAGGGCUGAGGCUCAAUCUGAUCGUCCAAGAAGUGCUUGAGGGUGGUUCAGUGACGUUCAGCGGGGGCCUUGGGCCCGGGCUGGUGUUGAGCGCCAGUAAAUACCACGUAGGAGGUGAGAAGUUGGAGCCCCUGCAGCGAGUGAAAACCGUGGUCUUGCAUGUUGACACUCUCAAAUUGAAGGUUCAUGUUUCCCUCCGCCCAGAGCUGUUAAACAGAAAAUUCAAAAAGGUGAAAUUGAAUGACCAACACAUGGCCGUGGUGCAGCACCUGGAGAAGGAAUUUGUGAUUGCUUCAUUGGUGGAGACUGGCCAGCUGGUUGCUUUCCCCAUUGCCUCUCACUUCAAUGACACGUUCCGUUUUGACUCAGAAAAACUGCAGCUGGGGCAGGGGGUGUGCCUGACCCUUAGGACCACAGAGCCUGGCGAUUUCGGCCUCCUCUUAGCCACCAAGGAGCCGGCGUCCAAGAGGGUCGUGCCCAAGCCCCAGGAGAAGCUGGAACCGACCGGAGAGCCCCAGGAGAAGGUGGGACCGACCAGAAAGCCCCAGAAGAAGGUGGGACCGACCAGAGAGGCGGUCAAGAAACACGCAUUCUCCAUUGGGGAGUUGGUCAAGGGGAUCGUGAGGUCGGUCAAGCCCACUUAUAUCAUCGUCACUCUGGAGAGCGGGAUCACGGGUUUCAUCCACGUGUCGCAGAUCCUGGAUGAAGUCCCCUUGGGUACCUGUCCCACCACCAGGCUGAAAGCCAAGAAGCGCAUUACUGCCCGGGUCAUUGGAGGGAAAGACAUGAGAACACGCAGGUUCUUACCGGCCACCCAUUCGCGUUUCAUUCGGACCGUCCCAGAGCUGAGCAUCCGGCCAAGCGAGCUGAAGGCAUCCAGUACCGCCCUCAACACCCACUCCUACAGUCACGCUCUGAAAUUUCGUGGAUAUAAUGUAGGAAAGCAGGUGAUCUGCUUUGUGAAAAAGUACAACAUAGUGGAGAAAUGUUUGGAAGUGGAAGUCUCCCCAGUCAUCUCGGGGAAAGUCCCUCAUCUGCUGCUUUCCCUCAGCUACAAGGUCCUGAGACAUCCAGAGAAGAAAUUCAAGGUUGGCCAGGCUCUGAGUGCCAUCGUGGUGGGCACAGACUCCUCCAGAAGCUUGCUCAUCCUGUCACUUACAGGCAUCCACAAACUGAAGAAAGGGACCAUCACCAUGGGCAAAGUGAUGAAGGUGAUUCCCGACGUGGGCCUAACCGUCAGGCUCCCUUUUGAGUGUGCCGGUCAAGUCAGCAUCUUUCACAUCCAGGAUUCAUACUCCGCAGUGCCCCUGGAAGGCUUCAAGCCCGAGAAAAUUGUCAAGUGUUGUGUGCUGUCCACAAAGGGUACCAUGAUGGAACUGUCCCUUAGGCUCUCCAGAACAAAGUCAAACUACCAGGAAAAAGUGGAAGAUCGUGAAGUCACCUCUCUCGACGAUGUCAAGGAAGGGGAGCUGCUGAGAGGCUAUGUGAAGUCAGUGGAGCAUCAAGGAGUGUUCAUCAGCAUCUCCUCUACGGUUGUAGGCCAAGUCCAGUACCAGUGUGUCAGCCAGUACUUGGUGUCCAACCAAAAGCUUUACAACAAGUACCUCCGUAAAGGAAUGCUGCUUACUACCAAGGUUCUGAGUGUAAACAAAGAGCAGAAUCUGGUGGAGCUGUCGCUUCUGCCCCAGGACACAGGGAAGCAAGAUGUCUUCCCAUCCUCUCUGAAACUGCCUCUUCAUGAUGAGGAGAAGGGCAAGGGGAAGGAGAAUCUGACCAAGGAGAAGAAGGAGACACUGAAGGACAAACGAAAGAGAGGAGAGUUGGAAACGAAGCAGGAAGAGACGCCCAGAAAGAAGAAGAAAACUCAGGCGUCUGAAGAGGAUGAGGAGGACAGUGGAGUUGAAGUAUAUUACCGGGAGGGCAAGGUUGAUAAGGAGGCAAGAGAAAAACCUCAGAAAAAGCAGAUCAAGCCUGCGGAGGCUCCAAGACUGCAGCUCUCCUCAGCCUUCGCCUGGGAUGUGGGUUUGGACACACUCACUUCAGUCGUGCAGCCAAAAGAAGAAAGUUCAGAAAGCGAGGAUGAGGAGCAACAGCAAGUCACGCUGAAGAAAAAAACCAAAAAAGACAAGGAAGCAGAGAAACAGAAGGCCGAGAAGGAGCUGUCCCGGAUUGAGGCCACCCUGAUGGACCCCUCGCGGCAGCCCGAGACAGCGGAUGACUUUGACCGCCUGGUCCUGAGCUCCCCCAAUAGUUCCAUCCUCUGGCUGCAGUACAUGGCCUUCCACCUGCACGCCACCGAGAUCGACAAGGCCCGGGCGGUGGCCGAGAGAGCCCUCAAGAUCAUCUCUUUUAGAGAGGAGCAGGAGAAGUUCAACGUGUGGGUGGCCCUGCUCAACCUGGAGAACAUGUAUGGCUCCGAGGAGUCGCUGACCAAGGUCUUCGAGAGGGCGGUGCAGUACAACGAUUCGCUGAAGGUCUUUCUCCAGCUGGCAGACAUCUAUGCCAAGUCUGAGAAAUACACGGAAGCCGAAGAGCUGUACGGCAAGAUGCUGAAGCGUUUCCGCCAGGAGAAGUCAGUGUGGCUGAAGUAUUCUGCGUUCCUGCUGCGGCGGGGCCAAUUUGAGGCAAAUCACCAGCUGCUGCAUCGGGCGCUCAAGUGCCUUCCGGAUAAAGACCAUGUUGAUGUGAUUUCCAAGUUCGCUCAGCUGGAGUUUCACCUGGGGGAUGCAGAGCGAGCCAAGGCCAUCUUUGAGAGCACUCUGAGCAACUACCCAAAGCGAACAGACAUCUGGUCUGUCUACAUUGACAUGACCAUCAAGCACGGGAGCCAGAAGGAAGUUCGGGACAUCUUUGAACGAGUUAUUCACCUGAGCCUGGCAGCCAAGAGGAUGAAGUUUUUCUUCAAGCGGUACCUGGACUAUGAGAAGCAGCAUGGCUCUCCAGAGACGGUGCAGGCCGUUAAGGAGAAGGCCGUAGAGUACGUGGAGGGCCAGAGCUCACAGCUCAAGGGCUAACACCGUGAAUGGACAGGCCCUCCCCAAUCCUGGCGUGGACAGCAGGGGGGCCGGCUGAGGGAGGCCCGGGGCAGCGGCAGUAGUGUCACACUGGCCUCAGAACCACCGGGCUCAGAACGGUCCUUGUAAUUGUUGUGAGGGAAGAGAGAAGAGACUGUAAAUGUACCUUUCUUUUUUUUUUUUUUUUUUUUUUAACUGAGACUCAGGCCUCUUUUGAUACCCCCAGGAUUUGGAUUCAAAGCAGCACUGAAUUCCACAUGUGUAACCUUGAUCCAGUGACUUUUCCCAAUAAAGAACUAAAGAUGCCUAUAUAGGAGAUUGAUGAAUUAAAAGAA